GCGGCCGGCGAGGUGUGUGCGCUCAGGGAGUCGCGCUGGCAGGUACACAAGAGCACCAGAACACCUGUACGGACCGCGAAACAAAAUGUCUGGAUUCGAUAACAACCCCUUUGCCGAGCCGGUUGAUGUCAAUCCUUUUCAGGAUCCAUCAGUUACUCGGGUGACCAACACUUCAGCUGAUGGCAUAGGAGAAUACAAUCCAUUUACAGCUGGUGCUCUAGAUGGACACAGGACAGUCCCUCUGUCCGCCACCUCUCAGCCAGCGGUCCUUCAGACAACAGUGGAGCCCAGUCCACAGGCCAGUGUAGCCUCAGGACAGGCUGAGCUCCUUCGUCAGCAAGCAGAGCUAGAGAGAAAAGCAGCAGAGCUAGAGCGAAAAGAGCAGGAGCUUCGGGAUCGUGAUGCUGCACGAGGUAAAGAAAACAACUGGCCGCCGUUACCCAAAUUCUUGCCCAUCAAACCUUGCUUUUAUCAGGAUUUUAAUGAAGAAAUUCCUGUGGAAUAUCAGAGGGUUUGCAAGAUGAUGUACUACCUCUGGAUGUAUCACAGUGUGACGCUGUUCCUGAAUCUGCUGGCCUGUCUGGUGUAUUUCACUGUGUCUACUCAGAAUGGAGUUGACUUUGGACUCUCAAUCCUGUGGUUUAUUUUGUUCACUCCUGUCGCUUUUGUCUGCUGGUACCGACCCGUAUACAAGGCCUUUAAAUCUGACAGCUCCUUCAGUUUCUUCUUUUUCUUCUUCAUCUUCUCAUUCCAAGUGAUCGUGUACAUCAUUCAGAGUGUGGGGAUCCCCGGCUGGGGAAACAGUGGCUGGAUCACGGCCAUCUCGGUGAUCAAAACUAGCAUACCCAUGUCGGUCUUCAUGAUGGUGGUGGCUGGAUUCCUCACAGUCAACGCUGUGCUCUCUAUUAUCUUACUGAAAAUGGUUCACUCCAUGUACAGACACACAGGUGCGAGCUUCCAGAAGGCUCAAGAGGAGUUUUCUCAGGGGGUCGUCACUAACCGAAGCUUCCAGUCUGCAGCCGCUACUGCUGCGUCCACAGCGGUACAGGGUGCAUUUCAAUAACACCCUCUCACACACACACACACACACACACACAAACACACACACACACACACACACACACACACUGUUAAAGACUCUCAAUAAUUAAUCUGUUCUUAAACUUCCAUCAAACAUCUUACUGAAGUCUUCAUUUAAGAUUUCUGACGCAUUCCCCUGCCUAUGAACAUUCAUUUGGUUACUGAAAAUACGUGGAGGUAAAAGUUACCUAUAGCUGUUGAUCGGUGAGGCACUUUAAAUGAUGACAGCGGCUUUUAGUGAGGAAACAGACUGAUCUUUCCUGGUUUUCCUAAUGAAGGAGAUGUUUAGUUGUGUUUUAUGCAGAAAGUACUACAGUAGUGUUUUAAGGCCACAGUUUAACUGAAAGUUCAUGCAGUGAUAUAACGUUGUAACAAUAUAAUCAAUAGUCCAAAUUCCACUCAAUCCAAAUUUACAUUUUGUAGUUUUGUCCCGUUACUGUUGGUCUAUGUGUAUUUACAAAACUUUAGUUACUCUUUUAUUUAAUCUUAAAAGGAUAGUUCACCCAAAAGUGAACAUUAGCUCAUCAUUUACAGUACUCUCCCUCGUGUGGUUUUCUACUCUUAAAAGAACAAAGAACACAAAAGAAGAUAUUUUGAAGAAUGCUGGUUGCUGAAAUGGCUGGUUGACACACAAAAAAGACAUUUGACACUGCUUGUUCCAAUUGCUUAUUUUAAAUAAGCUGAAACAACACAAUUCUUGAUUUGUUUUACUUAUUUUUUUGUUUGUUUAAUUCUUAACAUUUGCAUUUGUAAAAACUAAGUUACAGUCAUUCCUUCAUUUUGUCCCAACACAUUGAUUGUGUGGAACGCUGCAUUUUUACAGUGUAGAAGUCAGUGGGUUUCAGCUAUCAGAAAAUAUCUUAUUUUGUGUUCAACAGAAGAAUAAAUUAGAGUAAAUUAUGACAGAGAUUAAUUUUUUUUUUUUUGGUGAACUAUCCUUCUAAUACUCCAGUUGAAUGUAUUGUAUUUUAGUUGAUGUGUCAGCUAAUGGUUGGAUUCGACAACAUUUUAGCAACAAUUUUGCAACGAGAAAAUCUAUAUUUACUUUUAGACUUUCUUUUAGCGUGAACUGUUGUGAAAUUAUACAUGCUGUCAUCUAUGUUACAGUCUUGAUACAUUCUUAAACUGAUGAUAAUUUUGCAGUGUUCUUAAUGACGAACAAAAUAUGUAUAUAUUUAUAAAUUAAGCCAAUCAUUUUAUUAUGGUUGACCUGGGUGAGCUGCUCUUCUGUUUUAUGAGUUACUGUUGAAUAAACGUGUUCUGAUUAUAUCGGUCA